CCCUCCCCCUCCUAUCACCAAUUCAACAACCCUUUUUAAUUUAUUGCUAUUCUUAUCAACCUUUUUUUUCUUUUGUUCCAAGUUUUUUUGUUAUAAAUGUUUGGAUAAUGAACAAAGAAAGACAUAUGGGUAUCUUUUUCUCAGCUUCUUGAACUCCACGUCUCCCUCUCUCUUUCGCUCUCUCUUUAUCGUUUUCUUUUUCAGUGUGAGAGCUGCAAAAAAAUUGAAUCUGACAGGAGCAAAUCCCAAAUGAAGUGAGUGGAAUGAGUGAUACAUCACAGAUAGCUAAAUAGAGAGUUGGGUUAUUCUGGGCUCUGAUGUCUCAAUCUUUUGUGUAUAUUAUCCAUAAUUGUAUGGUCAUGACCUCUUUCUCUGCAAAAUCUUUCAUGGGUUUUGGAUCAUGAAGCACCACGUGCUCUCAGAUUUCAAUCACAUAAGGUACCAAUGGUAAUAUAAGGUGUUUCUCCAAGGCUAAGACUAUCAGUGGAGUUGGAGUUGGAGUUAGUGGUACAGAAAUCUGAUUACUGAAUUUAGAUUGAAGCCCAACAGCUUAAGCUACGAAAUGGGCUGAGAGAGAGAGAGAGAGAGAGAGAGAGAGAGAGAGCAGUAGUAGUAGUAGAAGUAGAGGUAGUGAGAGAGAGUAAGAGAGAGAUUGGAUUGGUGGUCAAGGGUAACGUAGACCCUUUUCAGUGAGUGAUAUAACCCUAUAAGAAGAUCCCAAGAUUUAAUUUUCAAAAUCGAUGGCGACGUACUUUCAUGGAAGUUCGGAAAUCCAAGCUGACGGGUUACAGACGCUUUAUCUGAUGAACCCUGGCUAUGUCGGAUACUCUGACACACAGUCCCCAGCCAACAUGGUCUUCCUCAACCACAAUAACCCACCACCACAAACCCAGCAGAACCACCACCACUUGGUCGGAAUCCCACUCCAGACCAACAACACCGCCACCAACUCGGCCUCUUCCUCGCAAGGCCUUGGUGGCCGUCAAUCAUCGCUGCAUGCCCAGCACGAGAUGUCAGCCAUUCAUGGCUUCCUCCCUCGUGUUCACUACAAUCUAUGGACGUCCAUGGACCAAGGAAGCCAGCAAACCCACCAACAGCACCAACUUACCGCCACAUCAGCAGCAACAGCGAACAAUUCUAAUUCUGUCGGUGGCAUCGCUGCCACCGACGUUUCGUCUCAAUUGGGUCUUCGCCGGUCAGUAAUGCCGCCGUCUCAGCAAGGGUUGUCUCUGAGCCUUUCGCCGCAGCAGCCCAUUUAUGGUUCAUAUCGUCCUGAGUCCGAAAUUCCGGCAGGAACCCAAGCGCCGGCGAUAUCUCCAAUAUCAGGCGGUGGCUCCUCUUCACCGGCGUCUGGGUUGUCUAACGGGAUUUCUGGUGUGCAGAGUGUUCUCUUUGGUUCCAAGUACCUGAAAGCCGCUCAACAGCUGCUGGAUGAAGUGGUUAAUGUCAGGAAUGGAUUGAAAGAUGAAGAAGGUUCAAAGGGGGUUAAAGAGCAGAGCAAGAUGAACAGAGAUUCUACUGCUGCAACUGGAGAAGGUUCAAGCGUCGCUGGAGGAGGUGAAACGAGCACAAAGCGUGGAACUGAUCUCUCUACCGCUGAGAGACAGGAGCUUCAGAUGAAGAAGGCUAAGCUUGUUAGCAUGCUUGAUGAGGUGGAACAAAGAUACAGACACUAUCAUCAUCAGAUGCAGAUAGUAGUAUCUUCAUUUGAACAGGCAACAGGAUUUGGUUGUGCAAAAACAUACACUGCCCUUGCUCUGCAGACCAUCUCCAAGCAAUUUAGGUGUCUGAAGGAUGCAAUUUCAGGGCAAAUCAGACAAAGUAGCAAGAGCUUAGGUGAAGAAGAGUACUGCUUGGGAGGGAAGACUACCGAGGGUGGUUCUAGACUCAGGUUUGUGGAUCAUCAGCUUCGACAACAACGGGCACUUCAACAGCUAGGAAUGAUCCAACAUAAUGCUUGGAGACCUCAGAGGGGAUUGCCCGAAAGAUCUGUUUCUGUUCUUCGUGCCUGGCUCUUUGAACACUUUCUUCACCCAUAUCCCAAGGAUUCGGACAAACACAUGCUUGCAAAGCAAACAGGGCUUACUAGGAGCCAGGUCUCGAAUUGGUUCAUAAAUGCUCGAGUUCGUCUAUGGAAGCCAAUGGUUGAAGAAAUGUAUCUGGAGGAAAUCAAAGAACAUGAACAGAAUGGUGGGUCAGAGGAUAAAACAAGUAAUGAAGAGUCUAAAUCAACUAAUCCACAAGAGAAGAGUCCAGUUAGAGCAGACCAAAACAAAAAACUCAAAAACUCCAGUCGAGACAAUAUUAAUUCUGCAAACCCAAAUGCUUCACCACCUGCAAUUUCAAGUCCUUCAACGUCAACAAUCCACGCCGGUCAAGGUGGAUUAAUCUCCCUUAUUGGGUCAUCAUCAUCAGAUGUGGAAGCUGGGUUCAUUCAAGGAAGUCCCAAGAAGUCCAGGACCAGUACUAACUUGCAGAAUUCAUCACUGGGUAGCUUCCAUGCUUCCAUGGAAAUGGAAAUGGAAAUGGAUGAUGUGAAGCCUGUUGAGACUACAAACAGGGAUUUCUGUGCAAACUUUGGGGACGACGAAAGGCAAAGCAGAGAUGGUGGUUACUCUUUAAUAACAAGAGCAACAAGUCAUGGAGGAGGAGGAGGAUUUGGUGGAUAUUCAAUUGGAGAGCUUGGGGGAAGGUUUGAGGUCCCUGAUCAUCACCAAUUCCCACCAAGGUUCUCUGGCAAUAAUGGAUUAGUUUCCCUUACUCUUGGUCUUCCCCACUGUGAAAACCUUUCUUUGUCAGGAACUCAUCAUCAACAGAGUUACCUCUCAAACCAUCACAACAUUCAACUGGGGAGGAGGCUUGAUCAGAUGGGUGGUACUGCAGAACCAAAUGAUUUCUGUGGGAUCACCACUACUCCAAAUUCUCACUCCAGUGCUACUUAUGAGAACAUCAAUCUUCAGAACAGAAAAAGGUUUGUAGCUCAUCAGUUGUUACCAGAUUUUGUGGCUUGAUCCUUGAUGGUUAACAACCCUGUUCAUUGCUUCCAAAUUCAGAUAGGAAUUUUAAUUAAGCUAGCCUUUUAGUGUCUGUAUAGAAACAAUUUGAAGUUACUUUUAAUUAGUUACAGACUUAUACUUCAGGAGAGAACCAUUUGGUUUUCUUGAUAGCUUAGGGGGUUCUCAUAUCAUAAGGUUGGUGGUGAUUGUAUAUUUAACUUAUAUGUAAUUUACCUUUUGAAGAUGAUCAUAGAUAUCAUCAUAAACAUGCAAAUCAGUUAUUGGGUAUACAUGCAAAUUUAUAUGUUUGUGGAA